AUCGACUUCCUGCAACCGUGCACGCUCGCUCCUCGUCGACCGACACGUCCUCCUCGCACCCUUCCCCCACCGUCAUACGCCCCACACCGCUGUCGACGAACGCGACAAAGCGAAACGAAACCGUGCUUGACGUUUUGACGAACGACUUUGCUCGCAAAAAGUAGCGAAGGGUUGACGAGAUGAAUAUUUUCCGGCUUUUCGGCGACUUGUCGCAUCUUGCAUCUAUAUUCAUCCUCUUGCACAAGAUUCAAACCACCAGGUCAUGUCGCGGUAUCUCGUUUAAGACGCAAGCGCUCUAUGUCGCCGUCUUCGUCACUCGCUAUCUCGACAUCCUCUGGGGAGAGUGGGUCUCGUUGUAUAACUUCCUCAUGAAGAUUUUCUUCAUCGGGAGCAGCUGUUAUAUUUUGUACCUCAUGAAAUUCAAGUACCGACCAACCAACGACCCCUCUAUCGACACCUUCCGCAUCGAGUAUCUCCUCGGUCCCUCUGCCGUCCUCGCCCUCAUCUUCAACUACUCCUUCUCCCCGACGGAGGUCCUCUGGUCAUUCUCCAUCUUCCUCGAAUCCGUCGCCAUCCUCCCGCAGCUCUUCAUGCUCCAACGUACAGGCGAAGCAGAGACAAUCACGACGCAUUAUCUGGCGGCGUUGGGCGCGUAUAGGGGGUUGUACUUGCCGAAUUGGAUUUACCGGUACUUCUCGGAAGGGUUGGUCGACCCGAUAGCUGUCACAGCUGGCCUGGUCCAAACGGGUCUCUACCUCGACUUUUUCUAUGUCUACUUCACGAAAGUUCUCCAAGGUCAAAAGUUCGAGCUUCCAGCAUAAUACGAUCACCACAGCAGACUUCUCUGUCUCGGUGGCGUUCAUGCCCACAAAACUACUUUACCAGCCUCCCAGUCAGUCGACGGACGAUGUGCGGAAGGUAUCACUUGGUGGUAUGUAGUUUGUUGGUACGGCGAUUCGAGGUUGUACAUGAAUGUGAGAUUGUGUCCGUCAUGGCUGGCUGGUUAGUAGAGAGAGACAGGGAUACGUUACAAGGACUAUUUAUAAGUUCGGAGGGUCACUGUGUGAUAUUCGAUGAACUAGAACCAGAAUCUAAAACCGAACGAAC